AGCGCUCUGUGUCACCUCCGGCUGCUCGUGCGGGGCACAGCGGGCCGGGCUGGGGUGGCUCACCGGGAGCCGUGCCGCGGGUCCCGGGGCUGCUCCCUGCCGGUGCCGGUUCCCGCUCCCUCCCGGUGCCGGUUCCUGCUCCGCCCCGCUCUGCCCCGCCCGGGCUCAGUGCUGCUUCCGCAUGGCCCGGGCACCGGCCGCAGGCUCCCAGCUCUGAGAGGCCCCAGCUCCCAGCAGAGUGCCCGGGCACCGCAGGCUUGUGUGGAACCAGGAGCACCAGCGGGGCACCCCCAGCCCCACAGGCAGACAGCCCUUGGCCAUAAGAUGCUUUUCCCACCCCUGCUCCAGUCCGUGGUCAGGGCCAACAGCUGCUGAGAUGGCACAGAGAGCUGAGCUGCAGCCCAGCUUCGAGGACGUGUUCAACAUUCUGUCCCAGGCCCCGCCAGAGAAACUGCUGAGCCUCAAACUCAAACUGAAGCACCUGAGACCUGGGCCCUGCAGCAAGAUACUGCAAGCUAUGGUCCUGCUCACGCUGGGGCAAGAAACGGAGGCAAGAAUUUGUCUGGAUGCCUUGAGGGAUAACCAGGCAGCCCAGUACAUCCACCAGCUCAAACUGGGCGCUGCAGGAGCGCGGGAAGAUGGGGAGGAGCUGCAGCCUCCCCAGCUGGAUGCAGGAGCCGUGGCACUGCUGGCACAGCUGUACACAGUGCUGGCACAGGAGCAGCUGUGCAGUCCUGAGGCCAGGGACAAAGCCAGCAAGGACACUCAGCGGGGGACACUCAACAACAUCCCACCCAAGGAGCAGGAGCAGGGCUCUGCAGCCAGCGGGGGCUCAGGGGACAGGUUUGGGACGCUGAGAUCCCACGAGGAUGCAGGAUUUCCCCACACAGCCAGCUCCCACAACAUAGUGAGGAGCUCACCAGUGGAGAUCAGAGGCAACUCAGAGCUUUCAGGCCCACGGACCCUGUGCUCUGCAGGGAGCUCCUCCCUGUCCAGCUGUUUGGAGAUCAGUGCAUCCCCAACAGUUGUUUUUCACACCCAGCCCUCUGUCCCUGAGUGUGUCCCCAGCCGUGCUGGACGCCCCAAGGGGGACACAGAGAGCCACAGCCCUCAGGAAUCCAGCUGGGCCAGCACAGCCAGCUCUCCCCCUGGGCAGGACACAGCUGCCCGAGGGCCCCAGCCAGAGGAGGUUCUGCAGGUCAGGCCCUGUCACCCCAGCCCUCUCCCCAUUCCAACACCGCUGCCCUCGGAGCCUGCCCAAAGCAGUGACAUGUCCAGCACAGCGACAGAGCCUCACACACCAAGAGAAAAGCAGGAUGAAAAGCAAUUACCUGCUGAUGUCCCUGACUCAAGGGCUGCAGCGGAUACUGCUCCUGCCCUCGUGUCCAUACAGGACUCCAACAUUCCAGCAGGCAUUCCUUGCAACUCUGCACCUGCUUCUACUUCAACCUGUUCCUUUCCUCCUCCUACUUAUUCCUUCUCCUCAACUCUUCCUCCUCUUCAGGAAUCUCCCUCCAAACUAUCAUAUCCCCCUCCCCUGCAUUCAUUCCCCUCUCCAGCCAGGCCUCCUGCUCCCCCAGCCAUGGAUCCAUCAGAGCCAGAUGAUGCCAAGUUCUUCACGUUUGUUGUUCUGCACGCCAGUGAAGAUGAGGUUGUGGCCCAGCAGGUCAAGAACCUGCUGGAGAGCAUGGGGGUGCCCAACGGAGCCACGCUCAGUGAGGAUUUCUUCAUUGCUGGGCGCAGCCACAUGACUUGCUUCCAGGAGGCCAUGGAAAACUCUGCCUUCAUGAUCCUCCUGCUGACCAAGAACUUUCCCUGCAACCUGUGCCUGUACCAGACAGACACUGCUCUGAUGCAGUCCAUCCUGGACCCCUCCAAGCAAGACUCAGUCAUCCCAUUUCUACCCAAGGCAAACGCCCUGGAGGGCAGCCAGAUCCCCAGGAUGCUCAGCGCGCUCGUCACCCUGAAUGAGAGCUCUCCUCUCUUCCCCACAAACGUGCAAAAGACUUUUAACCCCAAGAAGAUCAGAGAGAAGAAAGCCAUGUGGGACCAGCUGCAGAGAAGGAAGCUCCAGGCACGUUGGGAACAGCACCAAGCCCAGCAGAACCUGGCUGCCCUGAGCCUGGGCUCCCCUCGCUGGGGGCCUCCAGCAGCGCCAUGGCCAGGGCCACCAGGGCCACCAGCCCAAGCCUGGUGUCCCCCUGCCCCGAUGGAACCCCCCCUUGCUCAGAGGGGUCCUCCCCCUUCCCAAGCACAGCUGCCCCCAGGCCAGUACAGCCUGCCAGCAGGCCAGGCAGGGCUGGCACCCCUGAUCAUCCAGCACGCCCGCAUGGUUCAGAUCGGGAACCACAACGUGAUGCACGUGGAAACAGGGCCAGGGCACAGCCAGGAGCAAGCCAGGCACAACGUCUGACUGGGGCAGCAAAAGACAAAAUUCAUUUCCAAUCCUGGACUAGAGUGAUUCUGCUGGGACUGGGACUAUUACUCUAUGCAUCAAGAGUGCCAUUUUCCUGAAGCACAAAAGAAAAUUCUUCAUUUUUUGUUGGAAAAAUGAUGUCGUGAUUUCUUGAAAGUAACUGAGAAAAUUAUUUUCCUAUGAUUGUCUGGGACUACUUGAAAAUUUUAUAAAUAAUUUUUAAUUAAUUUAUUUGUGUUCCUCUGCUUCUUUCCUGUAGAAUUAGAAAAGGGAUAGUCAGGGAUAUAUGGAAAACUAUUGUGCAUGUUGGCUGGAGGGGCUGGGAGAUGGCACUGACCAAAUGAUUUGAGGGACAAUCUGCAAGAGAUGCUUUGGGAAGCUGCCUUUAAGGAAAAAGCAGAAUGAAAAACCAAAACCAGUGAGCAGAAUAGUGCAGAAGGGCGGAGAAACCCAGGAAUGGAGAGUGGGAGGGGAAAUUUUGCAGGAUCUGAGCUUUAACACCAGGAGGGCACCUGGAGCAAGGCCCUGGCUCCUCCUCCCAGGCUCCAGGCACAGCCAUUUUCCUGAUCGUCAGCAGAGGUCACCCCAAAGCCACCGAGAGACUGGAAAUGGGGCUGUUCCCUCCCGGGGCAGAGCCCAGAGGCAGCUCAGCCUGUGCCAGGAGCAGGGCACAGCUCCGGGCUCCUCAGGAGCCACUCCCGGUUCAGGGGGAUGCCCCUGGGGUCAGCACAGGGCAGUGACCCCAUCCCAGGUGUCCCUGCAGGGCUGUGUGUGCUCGUGGCACUCCUUGGCUUCCCCAGCAGGUUCCAGGAGGAUCCAAGGCCAUCCCUGCCCCAGCUGGGUCCUGUCAGGCCUCAUUCCACACUGCAGCCUGGGACCCAGAGCCCUGCGAGCCCCAAGCCAACCCCUGAGUGGGGCAGAUGUUAUUAAAUCCUUGCAGGAGGCUCUGAGCUGCCCCCCAGCUCUUGCCUUCCAGCUCUCAAAGGCUGGAUUUUAACCCUGCAGGACCCAGUGACCAUGGAUUAACCCAUCCACUCCUUCCAGAGCCUGCUGGCAUCCUCCAAGUGCUUGAACUCCUUUUAUUUUCCUGGUUUCUCUCCUCCACAGCACCAUUAGGAGUUGUUGUGUCACUGCAGUUCCUGUCCCCUGCCGUGGGUGCAGGACAGUCCCUCCCCUUGGGAGCACUCCCACACCCCUCCUCUCCCAGCUCCUCUCCUACUAUAAAUAAUCAUGCAAAAUUAGUCAGCUGGAAGCUGCUCCAGCUUGUAAACAACCUCAGCACAGGCACAUCCAGCGUGCUUGGCUCACACACAGGGGAGGGAGAGCUGUGUCUGGGCUACACGAGGGUCUGCAGCCACCACAGUGCAGAAAAAGCUCCUCUCUGUCCAAGAAUUAACAAAAUAAUCACUGAAACACUGCCCUGUUCUCCACAACUGUGUUUUGCCCACAUGGAGCUGGCCCUACACUCAAUCAGGCCUGUUCAGUGUAAUUACCCCUAAAUCAUGCAGUGAUUUCUUCCACCCUGUAAUUACUAUCAACAUUUAAUUGCUGGGCCCUCUGUGUAAUUACAGAUUAUUUAUGUGUUUAAAAAAAAAGUGAAGCCUUUUCCAUCACACAGAAUAUUCUCUUCCUUGGGGCUGCUGGAUCCCCCAGCUCCCUGACCACGAGCUCAGCUCCAGGGUUGCUCCUGCCUGGAUUUACUCCCUUCCCUGCCACUCUCUCCUGCCAGCAGCCCUGGGUGCCACCUGGCUCCUGGUACCUGCCUGGCAGCUGCUCUCCCACCCUGGAGAUCACCUGCAGCACAGGAGGAAUGUCUGCCAGGGAGGAGCACGAGCCCAGGCUCUACAGACACUGCUCCAAUGGCAUUUGUAGCACAAAGGCACCGUCCUUCAUCAAGGCAUCAAGAACUACGGAUGGAGCAAUAAAUGACAGGACAAACAUUCCAAUAUUUUAUCCACCCAUCCUCCCUGGGGAAGACCAAGCAGUUUUGGGAUCCAGGUCCUUGUGCGGGACUAACUCCAGUACCAUUAAUUCCUGUUUUUACCAUCCCUGAUGGAUUUGGGGUUGGAAACCAAACUGAUGACAGUGUCCCUCCUUCUGCUUGCUGUGUCCACUGUCCCCAUGUGUAAGGCAGGUAACACCCUAGUCAACACAGAUCCUCUCACGUUGUUUGAUUUGCACCAAAAUGUGAGGCAAAACACAGAAGAGGAGGUGUCAUUUCAGUGUCAGUGUUACUCUUUUCCAGGGGAAGUUUGUCAAUGCAGCACAGAUUGGUUUUUCACAGGAGUAACCAUGAAAUGAAGCAUUCACACCUGUUUAAUUGUAAACACCCCAGGAUUCCAUACCCACAGUGUCCCAUCCCUAGGAAACAAACUGGAAAUAGAGGAAAACACCUGAAUAUAGAGGCUUAUCAGGAAGAAGUCCAAGGCACUUGCAUUCUAGCAGCCAUUUUUUGUUUUAUUAUUUAAAGUUAAGAGCGCUCAUCAGCUCACAAAGGAACAAAUCCCAUUCCUGCAGUUUAGUUCAGGUUUCAGCCAAAAGGAAAAAAAAAUAGAAGGCAGCUAAACUAACUCUGCACUUUACAGCUCAAUUCAAGUUAAACCUCCUCGCUUUAUAAAUAAAUGUUAUAGUUAACACUGCAAAAUGUACUGGCAGAUCUACAAUACCUUGAAGGGGCAGAGAGCGUGGUUAUUGAGGCUGAUAAAUACAAACAGAGAAGCUUCAGUAGCACAGAGAGCCAGGGUGGGGCAGGGGUCUGCUCUCUCAGGUGGACCUUUCCCAGAGCUCCAGGCAGCUGCUUUCCCCCUCAGCUCUGCUCCCCACCCUGCUCAGGGCCAGGGAAGGAGCCACAGGCUGCCCAUCACCGCCUGCACAAGGACAAACUGCUGGAAACUCUUUGUUUUCCACCACGGAGGGGUCUGCUCAUAGAGGCAAAAUCCUGCCCUGAGACUACAGAGUUAAAAACAAGGUGUGUGCAGAUCCUCAUCAAAGGAAGGAGCUUGCCCAAACAGCAGCCAGGUGAGAUUUCAAAUUCCACCUUGGAAGUAGCACCAUCCUCAGUGAAGUUACAAAAAAAAUUGAAAAAAGGAAAAAAAAA